ACGGAACCGAGUUUUCUGGGUUUGUUUUGUUUUUUUUCUAAGAAAGAAAAUCUACCAACCGUAUUUUUUUUCUUGUUUUACCUGAUUUGGCAUAUUGUUUAGGGAACUGGUUCUUGUGGGUUAGUGUUUCUUUUGGGAAAAGAUACAAGCUUUAUUGAAUUUGUCGAAAAAAAGAAUGAAGGGUAUCGACUAGAUUAUUAGUAAGAUUGAUCAGCUGUAUAUAAGCACUACCAACCUGCUUAAGAAUCAAGACAAAGAAAAAAGAAAAUGGAAAUGAGCUUAUGGUUUGAUCUUUAAUUUAUUUCUGAAUAGCAGGGAUGGGGAGUUCUACUUUUCUCCUUGUGGGCGUGUGGUUAUGUAGUUUAGUGAUCAUAAUUCAUAGGUGUGAAAUAAGUAGAAGUGAUUGAGUGGAGAACUAGUUAAUGCUGGUUUAAAUUUCUAAUUGUUUUAGAAGGAAAUGAGCAUUACAAUUGAUCGAUGGUUUUGGGACUGAACUGAAAUUGCUAUUUUGUUAUGGAUUUGGGUGCUAAGAAGGAAGUGUUUUUGGUAACUGUUAUCGGUUGGAUUAUAAGAAUUUCUAUUAUAAAAACUUAAUUAGAUGCUUUCCACUUGUUCAAGCAAGGCUCAGCUUAGUUAAACGAAUGAUUUGGAUAGUUGGAAACUGUGAUAUGGACUAAUGGAGAGUGGAGGAACCGGAGGAUUUAAUGUAGAUUACUAGACAAGGGUUAAGUAAAGUUAACUGCACUGCUACACAUUACUAUCUUUCAUCAUAAAAUAGAAUUAAUAGCAAAAAUCUGGACAAAGGGAGCAGUUUUUCUUCUAUGAAUAUGUUGGUUAAGAGAGCAAGUACAGUAACUGAGAUAAUGAAAAAUUAUUUCACCUUUUUAGUUCUUUUUAGUUUCAACUUUAGGCAGUUCUCUAAAAAAGAUAGCAAACAAAAUUAUCCCCAGAGUCGAGACUAAAGAGGAAUGCAUAAAGCAAUGCUUCCAUAGAUUCGAUCAUGAUUUACAAUUAUAGCUUUCAUAUCUGUUUGUUUCUUUUUAUAUUCUUUUUUUAAUCAGCGUUGUCUAAGUUGAAAAAAAUCAUUUCUGUCCCUAAACAUUGGAACCUGUUAAGAAGUCCGGAUGGGUAGAGGGGUGGGAAAUUGGUCUUCUUAUAUGGACUUGGACAAAUCUUCCCUCAUGAGCUAGCUUUUGAGGUUGAGUUAGGCCCAGGUACCAUAUCUUUACAUGGUAUUAAGUAUUAGGGCCAGACUCAUUCCAAUUUGUUGUUCACCAUUGUUGAGGCCCCAUUUAUAAGUGUUCACGCUCCAUUUGAGGUCUGUGCGUGUGGGGAGUGUUAAGAAGUCACACAUCGGUAGAGGGAUGAGAAAUUGGUUUCCUUACAUGGACUUGGACAAACCUCCACUCAUGAGCUAGUUUUGGGGUUGAGUUAGGCCCAUGUGCCAUAUCUUUACCGAAACUAAGAAUAAGGCUUAACAGGGCUAUGGAAGAAGUUGAGAAAAAUAUUGUGGCAAUGAAAGUUAUGCUCGCUGGAGAUGGAGAAGUUGAGCCGAAUCCAGAUCAAGUUGCACAACUAACACUUGAAGUUUGUAAUGAAGAUGUUAUUGCACUCUUCAUUCACAAAUUACUUAUAUUGGGAUGGGAAGCUAGAAAAAAUUUGGUCCAUUGUUGGUCUAUUAUGUUGAAGCAAAAAGUUGACUCCACAUAUUGUUGCGUGCAAUACAUGGAAAAUCAUUUGGAAUUGCUGGACUUCCUAGUUGUUUGCUAUGACAACAAGGAAAUUGCUACGCAUUGCGGAGGUAUGCUUAGGGAAUGCAUAAAGUUGCCAAGCCUUGCAAAAUACAUCUUAGAGUCUCCCAGCUUUGGAUUGUUCUUCAAGUUCGUGGAGUUGCCGAACUUCGAUGUUGCUUCUGAUGCAUUUUCUACCUUUAAGGAUUUACUCACCAAACAUGAAUCUGCUGUGUCUCAAUACCUGACUAAUAACUAUAGUGAGUUCUUCGAGCAAUAUGAAAAACUCUUAACUUCUCCUAAUUACGUGACAAGAAGGCAAUCUCUGAAGCUUCUCUCAGAAUUUCUACUGGAGCCUCCCAACUCCCUUAUUAUGAAGCGUUAUAUAGCAGAAGUCAGCCAUUUGAAAGUUAUGAUGAAUCUACUGAAGGACUCGAGCAAAAACAUCCAAAUCUCUGCUUUCCAUAUUUUCAAGGUGUUUGUUGCAAAUCCAAACAAGCCUCGAGAAAUAAAACUUAUAUUGGCAAAGAACCAUGAAGGGUUAUUGGCAUUGUUAAACAACCUUGGAAAAGGUGGUGAAGACGAUCAAUUUGAAGAAGAAAAGGAGCUGAUUAUGAAGGAAAUAGAAAAGGUGUCUCGGUUGGCUAACUUGGAAUCUUAAGUAUAUUACCUUUUUUUGCUUUUUUGUGAUUCAUUCUCAUUCUUUGAAGUUAAAGGAAAUGUCUCUGUGAGGGUGCUGCUUGCUAUAACAUCAUCUCCCUAGUCUAGAAAGAAAUGUCAUGUACUUACUUAUGAUCAAACCUAUUUUCUUAAAUAUAAGCUAUUCAGUGGAAACUUUUUGUGCAGUCUAUUGACUUAUGAGAAAAAUCAACCUUUAUAGAUGAAAA